UUUCUUUUUAUUAUUGUUAAAAUGUUGUUAAAUGAACAAGAAAAGUUAAAUAGGAUAAAAGAUUAUAUUCAAAAACAAGAAUCAUUUAUAGAAUUCUACAAUGAUGAUGAUGAUAGCUGCUGUCGACCUAUGCCAGAAUCAUGUAUCAUAAAUGAUAAUAAUUUAAGUGACAUUUCUACUUCAAUUAGUGAGUUAAUAAAGAGGAAAUAUCACAUUAUUCCAAUGACUCAUCAAAAUCAACUUCACUCAAAAAUUAAUAAACAACGUCCUUGUUAUUCAAAUAAUGAAAUAAAGAAAAAGGAAGAUUUACAGGCAUCUUCUUUACUUCCACAAACAAAGACAAACGGUUUUCAUUUAUUAAAUAAAUUUGUAUCACCUAAUCUAGAAAUUAACAGAAUUACAAUGAAAUCAGUCAAGAAGAAUAAACAUCAUUCUAAAAUUGGAUUAUUUAAUAAGGGAAAAUCUUCAGCAAAUGGUAAAGCGGUUCAAGAUUUAGUAUUUUCUGAAUCGGAAUUCUUAAGGCCACGUCCACAAGUCGUUUAUCAAGAAAAGAAGGACUCUAGUAGAUUAUCUUCACCUCAGCAACAAGAGAAUCAUUCACUAAAAUCUAUUUCAAGAUUCUUUCAUCCUUCCUCUGUAGAAAAUAAGUCAAAAAAGAAUACUAGUUCUCCAUCGUCAUCACAGCAAGUAGAUGAUAUACAAAAAUUGGUUACUCAUCUUUCUAAAAGAGAGAGAAAAUCUCCUUCAGUAAUUCAACUGAGUGAUCACACUCCUUCUUCUUAUGCCACAGUUAAACCUCUUUUAAAAGAAUCUAAAUCAAACGAUCUUCAUUAUCAACAACAGAUGCCUUCUUAUUCUCCAGCAAAGACACCUACCCAUGAUAUUUUAUAUUUCAAACCACAAGCUACUCAUUUAUCUAAUCAACUUUUACUAUCUUCAAGUGACUCUUAUCCUCUUAUGUCCUUUAUAAAUCAACCAAUAAUCGAAGACGAUUCAAGUAUCUACAUGUACUUUCAAGACCCAAGAAGUUACGACCCCCACGAAGAAGCAAAGUCUUUAAACUGGAAAAUAGCUGAGGAAUUCAAGAUGUCAACUCAUCUGAAUGACACUAAUUUAUUCCCUGUUAUCAAUUUACUUGAAGAGAGCAAAGUCGAUUUGCAAAACUUCUGGUUGACUCAAUCUUAUAAACGAAAACUAUAA